AUACUGGCUAAUGGAAGUUUAUUCGAUAGUUUGUUAGCUCUCUUCUCAAGAGAAGCUCCAUACCCAUCAGUUCCAUAUGCAUGAUCUUGGUGUCUAUGGAUAGAUAAGAACUCAAAGACUGUAUUCCCAGUAUCUGUUCCAGUGGGGCUGAAUAACUGUAUUCUGUGCUUUUGUGUUACAUGAAGCCAAAGAGAGACUCUCACAAUUUUACUUCCCAAUUGCAUAUAAACUAUUUACAGUUGUAUUUACUAUCAUAAGUGGACUUUGGCCUAAACGUGACAACUGACAGCUGCCUCAAACCGCGGCAGUGUCUGAAGUGAAGUGCCUCUACGUGCUGCCGCUGCCACGAUGUGACCUUGCUGUCUCUCCAGGGAGACACGUCGGUCACACAUCGUGUCUCCAGAGUCCUAAUACUGUCACAAAAUCUACAGCUUCGAUUAAAAUUUUCGAGAGACAUUAAAAAAGAGUCUCGGGUGAAAGUGACAACUGUCCCACGAGGAGUCACGCGACAAAACAAAACAUAAAUAAAGAACGGGAAAUAGUUUAAUGUACAUCCGGGUCAGAUAGCUAGUACUUCCGGUGAGCUAACGGAGUGAAGUGGUGCCUUUGGAGUGUCUUUACUUAGCGCACUUGUUUCCUUGUGACUACUUCCGGAUACAGUUUGUCGCGGGUCAUGAUCAGAUCAGUGUUGCUGUGCAGGUUGACCCCCCUCGUCCAGUCCUGUACCAGAAGAUCAUGUCUACUCGCAGGUCGGACACCUCGUGGUGUGCAGCUUCCUUCACCUGGUCACCCACCCCUCAUACCUACAAUCCCAGCUCUGGUCAGGUACUCGGACCUGUCCACACAGAAGUACACUUUGAUUUACACCCUGCCGUACAUUAAACACCUGCGAGCCGUGUCCAGGCUCAAGCUGCUCCAAACUGCAGUCACUGUGGUCCUCGUGCCCCCAGUGUGCUACUUCUACGUCCAGGGAGAUGUGCCCUUCUUCCUUGUCAGCUACACAGCGGGGAUAGCGCUGCUUGCUGGUGCCAUGCUGUACACCGUCAGUCACUUUUUCAGGAGGGUUGUGGGGAUGAUGUACCUGGACCCGUCACAGACCACACUCAAAGUGUCCCACCUCACCUUCUGGGGCCGGCGCCAUGACCUCUACCUCCCCGUGUCAGAUGUUAUGACCAUUGGGGACACGGGGGACUCAGCAAAAGAGACAAUAUUGAAACUAAAGAGAUAUAGCAGUCCACAGACAUUGUAUUUCUCCACUCACUAUGGACGUGUGGUCGAUCAAUCGGGUUUUGAGAAGGUGUUUGGAAAUCUAUAGUGAUGCAGAAUUUGCAUGAAGUAUGAUAGUGAAUAUUUUUGUGAAUUAAUAAAUGGACUUAAAUGCAACAUUGUGAAAAUGAAUGGGUUCUGGUAAUAAAUGUUUUAUUAAAUUACAAUUAAAAGUCACCUGUAGUCUGGUUAAAGCUGCUGGGACAUACAGAAACUAUGUAAGUCAUAUCAAGUGUGUCUUGAACAUAAUGAAAUAAUAAGUUAGUUAUAAUUUUGCUGGAGAAGGCCUCAUUGUGCUUGAAAGAGCAGAGCCUCAAUUCAGCUGUUUACACAAGAGCUGCUGACUUCACGACCCUCUUCAGAUCUUAUUUAGGCAUUUGCCCAGUUGUCAUGGAAUUAGAGAUAUUCAAAUCUUUUAAUUUAGCUGUGCUCAUAAAUUUAAAUAAGUAAUAAGUAAAUUAACAUUUCAGAUAGACUGUUGGUGUAUCUAUUAACCUUCCAGCUCGGUGUACGUGCACGCUGAGUGAUGCUUACCUGACUUCCUGCUGAGUGACUGCAGCUUAGGAGAGACAAACAGCUACGGAUGAUACUGAAUUGUUAUCGGCUCGUUCUCAUCUUGUACUGAAGCUCUAUCUGCUCAAAGACAGACAGGUUUACUCACAACUGCAGUGAACAAACACCAUACACAUACGCCGGAGGGGCAGGGAGUUUAGUUUUCUCAGCAGUUUUUUGCGAUUGCCCCUGCUAUCCUGAAUGUUGAGAGAUGUAUCUGUCAUUGGGUUAUCCUAUGUCUAUAGGAUUUGUAUAGCAAGCUCCUAAUGCUUUCUGAAAGCAC